AUGACCGAUCAAGAUGCCUGGGCAAUUCAAAAGACAAUCAUGCAGACUGAAUUUCCCUUUAUUGUGCUCAAGUCACUGCAGUUUGCCCUCUUCCGUACAUAUGGCAUCCCUACAAUAUCCACCCUGCUCCUGAAGACAUCGCAGUUAUCAGACUCUACAACAUCAUUCAAACGAUAUGCCGAUACGGGCACACUGAUCGGCGAAUUCAUGGCCUUUGACCCACGCUCCGAGCGAGCGCAGACAGCAAUAGCCCGAACCAACUUCCUGCACAAGGGCUACCGAGCCAGCGGCAAGAUCCUUGAGGCUGACAUGUUAUACACACUAAGCCUGUUCGCUGUCGAGCCAAUCCGGUUCGUGGAACAAUUCGAGUGGCGCGAGAUGACUGAAAUGGAACGUUGUGCUGUCGGGACAUACUGGAAGAGUCUGGGCGAUGCGCUGGGGAUAAGCUUUGACGCCUUGCCGUCUGGAAAGACUGGCUUCCAAGAUGGGCUUCACUGGUUGGGGGAGAUUGGUGUAUGGAGCGAGCAGUACGAAGUCCAGCACAUGAAGCCACACCCUCGCAACAAAGAGAUUGCGCAAAAGACGAUCGAUGUGCUGGUGUAUAACGUGCCAAACUUCUUGAAGCCGUUGGGUGGGUAUUUCGUGUCAUAUCUGAUGGGAGAUCGACUGCGAACCGCGAUGAUGAUGGAAGAACCACCAGCAUGGUUCAGCGGCAUACUCGCCUUGUCAUUCAAGCUCCGUCAACUAUACCUGCGAUACCUAUCACUCCCACGCCCAAACUUCAUGCGUUUGGACGUGUUUACCGAUAAACUGAACAAACACGGCCGCAACUGGGUGUUGAUAUAUGAAGGAGCCCCGUUCUAUGUGCAGCCCACAAUCUGGAAUCGCUGGGGGCCGAUGGCGUGGUUUAAGUGGGCGCUCGGACAACCUUUGCCUGGUGAUGACGGCGACAAGUAUUACCCACAGGGCUAUCACACCCAUGAUCUGGGACCGAAGUAUUUCGAGGGCAAGGGAUACAAGGAAUUGGAGGGUUUCAAGGAGACUCUUCGUCAACAGCGGAUGGGACAGUGUCCAUUUCCAUGA